AUGGGCGCAGCCACAAGGACGGCAAGGUUUGCGGUCGGUUUUACGGUAUUUGCAUUUAUAUUUAUCCUCAUUGCCUUUUGCUCGCCGUACUGGCUGAAGACCGAUGGCCAGCUCACGCAUCCCAAGUUCACGAAUCUCGGAUUGUGGGAAUUGUGCCUCAAGAAUUUCCAGGACAUACACCGAUGGUACGAUUACCCGUUCAAUGGCUGCAUGUGGAUCUUCGAGGAAGAGUACUACAUAAUUCACGACUACAUCCUGCCGGGGUUUUUCAUUGCGGUGCAGUUCUUCUUCACGCUCUGUUUCACCCUGCUGCUGAUGGGUGUCAUCAUGACGGCGAUGUUUUUGACCUGUUCUCGGGACAACGACCGGUACAUUAUGUUGCUACUGACCAACGGAACGGUGCUGUUGCUAUCCGCUUUCUGCGGGCUGAUCGCGGUAGCGACAUUCGGUUGCUACGGCGACAGCCGUGACUGGAUGCCAAACUGGGAGCAUAACGAUAUGGGCUGGUCGUUUGCUUUCGCCGUUGUCGGAACGUUUGCCCUCUUCCCGGCCGGUGUGCUGUUUAUCGUCGAAGCGCGCCGUGCCACGUACAGGCGCUUGAACAACAUUGCCAACUCCGAAAUGGCCGCGGCGUACACGAUGGAUGAGCGCAAAUAUCAGGGAGGUCACACGGAUAUCUAGACGAUGCCGCGAACACGCCCCUUUCAUUCCAUCCCAACUCUCUGGCGACAAAUCUGCCGUUCGGGAGAAUAGAUUAAGUUUGCUUUUUAUACAAUUGACGUAAACCGUAGGCUUUUCAAAAAGCAACGGUAAGCAUUAGAUCGUCUAUAACAUCAGUACUCGAAACGAUUAGGUAGGGCAACUUUUGUACGAUAAAAAGAAUCGAAUUUCGUCCACUAGCAUUAAACAUUUCCUCCAGCUAUACCAGCAGCAGUGAAUUUUGAAAUGUAGCUGUAUUUGGAAGCGAUAGCUCAUUAAAAGCACAUUAGCGUCUCAUUAGGGGGCACACGAAGCUAUUCGGUGCGUUUCGGAACCGAUGAUAAAAUAUGCACAACGUUCUGGUGGUCGAGCAGCAGAAACAAUAGUGAAACAACACACCUCACAAAUGCGAAAGACUUGGUGUGGUUUUCGCCUACUGCAAGUAUUACAAAUCGAGCAGAACCGGAAUUUUGAUA